AUUCCGCGCAUUCUUCGCAUCUCUCGCGCUGCGUCGCCGCCUCACGCUCACAUUCCCGGCCGGCCCAGAAACCCCGAGAAUAACUUUACACAGUUUACAAAAAAAGAAAAAAAUAAUAAUACAUUAAAAAAUCACGAAAUCAAAGGGGGGCGAAUUAAAAAUUUUGUUAGCAGUUUCGGACGUUAAGUUCGCUCCUCCACCGGGAGUUGCAGAUCGAGCUGGAACAUUUUCGAAGUGGAGCGAAAACACGGCUCGGGGAGACUUGUUGCUCUCGCAUCUGCGGCGUUUUCCUCUCCGUUUGAAACCUCCACCGUCUCACCCUAGAGUGCUCCAGGCUUCGGCUUGGAGGUCCCAACCGCCACCAUUGAUCCCAGCAGCUGGAGUGGCAGUGAAAGUCCUGCCGAGGACAUAGAGAGGAUGAGCGACUCGGCAGACAAGCCGAUAGACAAUGACGCAGAGGGCGUGUGGAGCCCUGACAUCGAGCAGAGCUUCCAGGAGGCCCUGGCCAUCUACCCGCCCUGCGGCCGUCGCAAGAUCAUCCUAUCAGACGAGGGCAAGAUGUAUGGUCGGAACGAGCUGAUAGCCAGAUACAUUAAACUGCGGACGGGGAAGACGAGGACGAGGAAGCAGGUUUCUAGUCACAUACAGGUCUUAGCAAGAAAGAAAGUUCGAGAAAUCCAAGCUGCCAUCAAGGUAGGUCUGGCUCUGCCCAGUUGCAGGGGGCUUUUCAUCGCCAUGGUUACAGGCUGUUCCUUUGUCUUCCUUCCCUCCCCUACCCCGCAGGUGUCUAGUCACAUUCAGGUUCUUGCCAGAAGGAAAUCUCGUGAGUUUCAUUCCAAGCUGAAGGUGACGAGCAUGGAUCAGACCGUGAAGGACAAAGCCCUCCAGAGCAUGGCCUCCAUGUCCUCAGCACAGAUCGUCUCUGCCACGGCCAUCCACAACAAGCUGGGCCUGCCAGGCAUCCCUCGCCCCGCCUUCCCCGGAGCAGCUGGGUUUUGGCAGGGCAUGAUAUCCACAGGCCAGCCAGGAUCCUCUCAAGACAUCAAGCCUUUUGCGCAACAAGCCUACCCCAUCCAGCCCGCCGUCACAACAGCAAUUUCAAGUUACGAGUCCACAGCAGCACCAGCACCCACAGUGCCAGCAUGGCAGGGCCGCUCCAUUGGCACCACCAAGCUCAGGCUGGUGGAGUUCUCAGCCUUUCUGGAGCAGCAGAGGGACCCCGACUCUUAUAACAAGCAUCUUUUUGUGCACAUCGGUCAGACAAAUCACUCCUAUAACGAUGCCUUGCUGGAGUCGGUGGACAUUCGUCAGAUUUAUGACAAAUUCCCCGAGAAGAAAGGAGGGCUGAAGGAGCUCUUUGGCAAAGGCCCUCAGAAUUCCUUCUUCCUCAUAAAGUUCUGGGCUGACUUGAACUGCAACGUUCAGGAGGAAACCGGGGCAUUCUAUGGCGUCACCAGUCAAUACGAGAGCCCGGAGAACAUGACCAUCACCUGCUCCACUAAAGUCUGCUCCUUCGGCAAACAGGUUGUGGAAAAAGUGGAGACAGAGUAUGCUCGCUUCGAGAAUGGCCGCUUUGUUUACCGGAUAAGCCGGUCUCCCAUGUGUGAAUACAUGAUCAACUUCAUCCACAAACUCAAACACCUGCCCGAGAAGUACAUGAUGAACAGUGUUCUGGAGAAUUUCACUAUCCUAUUGGUGGUCACAAACAGAGACACACAGGAGACCCUGCUGUGCAUGGCGUGUGUGUUUGAGGUGUCGAACAGCGAGCACGGUGCGCAGCAUCACAUCUACAGGCUGGUGAAAGAAUGAAGCUCAUGCCGGCCAGCAGCCCAGUCCUAUAGACUCUGAACCUCAAUAAAAAGUGGCAGUGCCUCUAGUUCAACACUCACCCGCAACGAUUCUCGCUCACACCUGGGUGAUGCUUAUUGUUAUUACUUUUUUUUCCCAGUCUUUAAUAAUGUAUAUGUGUUUGACGUUUUUGACUGCAGCUGUGAAUUGCGGUACAGUUGUAUUAUGUUUUGAUACAGGAAAGAAUCUUCAUUUUUAAGGAUGCCUAAUUGACGUUUCUCCGUAGGUUGUAUAUAUAAAGUAACACUGUCGGUAGGUUGGGUUGAAUUAGAUUGAAUCUGGCUGAUAAACUUAAAUGACUUAGGGUUUUCAUUGCUGUAUUGUACACCCUGGAAACAGACUUUGUUCUAUGGUUCAUGUAAAAGAAUGACAUCUAUGAGUGUGUGUAGGCAUAAAUUUGUGUGUGUAUAGAUGUAUAUACUCACAAAAAAUGUAGUUUUCUUUUUUUUUUUUCCAAAGAGAAGUAUUUGAGGAAUUUCAUUUUAGAACAUUUGUUUAAUUAAAGAGAAACAAUUAUCAUGGCCAACAGAAUGAUAAAGAAACCAACUUCAAAAGACCUUUGUAGCAUUCAGGGAAUUCAAAAGUCCAGCCCUUGAAAAGUAAUUCUUUUCAGAAACUUUUUUUUUCUUUUUCUCCUGACUUCUUGAUGAUUGACUGCACUGUGAUAGCGUUCCAGAGGUUCGUUCCAACUUCUGUUUCUCUGCUGUGGCUAAAGGCAAGUCAUCACCUGCAAUAAGGAAUCAAAGCAGAGAUUUAGACCCCUUCACAAUUUCCAAACAGUUCCUGCUAAAGACUUUUGCUAAAAGCAAGAAAGCACUACAGAAAGUACAAGGGGCUGAUUGAUGGUCACAAUGUCCCAAGCACUUGGAUCCUCUUGUAGGAUGCGCCUUAUUGAGCAAUCCUACACUUUCAUUUUGGAUCGCUGACAACGCUCCUUGGAUAAUUCGUCGAGACACAAUCUCAUCGUACUGACAUCAGGGAAGCUUCAUUUGAGGCUUGUUCCCUUUAUGCUUGUGUACUCUCAAUAAUAAAGGUAACAGAAAGGGUUCUGCCACUUUUGGGUCCCUAAAUCAGUAGUUCUCAAACUGGUACCCCAGACGGUCCAGUUGGGAACUGACCAAAUAUGUGAACUGUCUGGUGGACCCUGACGACCAGUUUGAGAACCACUAACACUAAAGAACCCUUUAGUGGCUGGUUUGACGUUUGUGAAUGAGAGGAACCUCAGAGCUUUAGGAAUCAAAACUAAGUUAAGCUUCAACACUAGUUAAACCAAAUGUCCAAGUAAAGAACCCUUUGGAAACCUUUUGUUUAACGAGAGUGUCCCGUUUGGUUCCUCUGUUCUUUAAGGUGUCCCUCUGCUGCCUUUAACAUGAAAACACCAAGCCCAUGCCUCUGUGGCCUCCUCCAGUCUUCUAAGACUGUGAGCCUUAACCAUGGUCGUGUGAUACAUAUAUAUUUUUUUUUCUCCAAAAGAUGCCACUAAAGCUGUGAGCUCUUUCCUAAGCUGGAAGAUUUUUCUCGUUCUUGUCACAUGUUGUAGGAAUUGUACAGUACAGAGCUGCCAAAGCGUAAACAAUAUCCAGCACAGUGCCUUAGCGGAUGCCUCCCGACCUGCAUGAACGUGGAAGAACGUCUCUCUCGCCAGAGAAACACUACGAUCCUUUUCGUGAAGAUCUGGCCAGUGUGCGCAUUGGCGCAAACUAACACUGCAUCUUAUAGUACAGUAUAAAAACACUACUCAAAAAAACUGACCAUGCCUUUCUUAUCGGAAAAGACCAAAAAUUUCCUGGAGGUACAAGUAUCUCCUCCUCGUCUCCUGCACUGUAGCAUGAAAGUGCCUUUGGUUCACCUUUUUUUCCAGCUUAGAAAAGACAAAAUCUUAUUUUGCAUUACUAAGAUUAUCAAAAAAACCAAAUAAGUGGACGUAAGUAAAAUAUUCACCACAAUGCCUUGCUAAAAUUUUAUAGUAGACGACAAGGGACAGUGGAUAAAUAUUAAAAUAACAUUGUGACAAUUAUUGAUUAGAGAAAUUAUUACUUAUAUUUGUUUUAGGGUUUUUUUUGUUUGUUUUGUGUUUUUUUUUGGAAAACUAAAACGUCAUGAGAAGCACCUCCGUUUCUAUGUGUCACAUCCCGUUUUUUUUUGUUUUUUUAAUUUCUGGGGGAAAAAACGGUUUCUUACAGUAAAUUGGACCCCUAACCCUUUAGUAGCAUCACUGUGCUAAUGUUUUCUCUUAAAACACUAAAAGAUGAUCUUGGUUUUUGGGAUGGCCAGUUGGGAUGUUUCCUUUUCUUUAGAAGAAUGUAUUUGCAGUUUUUAAGUGGGCGUACUCGUCUGUCCACUUAGCUUAUCAAAUGGGAAGUAGUUUUUAAGGCCUUUACUGUUGAACACUUUGAAACCUUCGACUCUUUCCUUUUGUUUUUACACUAUUUACCCAAGUUAUUCGUUUCUCUCAUUUCUAAAGACAGUUGCAGCCGUUCAGCUGAUCUGUAUGUUGUACUUCUUAAUGUAAACUGUGGAGUUUUAGUACGCUUGACAUGAAAAACGACUAUUUUGAUUGUUUUUUGUGUUUGCCCUUCAUUUUCCUCUCUGUUCUCGUUCACAUCGUGUGAAUUAUGGAGAUUUUCCUGUAUUACUGUUUUCUGUGUAUACAAUGGUUUUGUGACGUCAGUAUAUUGAAGGCCCAGUCGGGCGGUGAAUCUGUUACUGCUGCGCUGCUGGUACCUUUCACAAUGUCUGUUCCACCUGAAAAACGAUUCCAGCUGCCACCCCUUUACUUCACUAUAGGGAGCUGAAUAUCGAUGCCUUUAAUAUGACGAAUGUUAGGACACUAUUUUGAUAGUAACAGACACUAAGCAGUUGCUUUCUUAAAGAAAUCAUGACAAACGUCAGCAGUUUAGCUCUUGUUCUUUAUUUGUAUUUUGUCUAUGUGUAGGUACUGGUACCUCCUUCGUUCAUUACCAUUUAAGACGGCUUUAAAGUGAACUAUUCUUUAGUUCAAAAUAGUAUGAAAAAAAACUAUUGGGUUUGUGUGCAGAGAUUUUUUUUUUGUAAAAAGGUGCUUUGUAUAAAAUUAUAUAUUCUGGCUUUUCUUGGUACAAAGGUGUGAUAUCUUUUAAUAUCCAUAAUGUUGGUAAAAGCAUUGGAGCAAAGGUGAGAGAAGAGAGAAGUAAACCUGCUAUGUGUAUGUGUUCUUUACUGCAUAUGGUCUUGUCUUUGCUCUGUAACAUUUUGAUGCCUUCUUGAUAAAGUGGUAGAUAUUUUGUAGCUUUCUAGAUACUUUGUAUGUAUACAUUAUUGAAUAAAAUAAGUAAAAACAG